UCUCCUCCUUCAGCCGGCUGCGCCCGGAACAGAGUCUCUUCUUCUCCCCCCCUCCCCUCCACGCCUUUUCACUCUAUGACGCGAUGGCAACGGCCAACUUCGGCAAGAUCCAGAUAGGGAUCUAUGUGGAGAUCAAGCGCAGCGAUGGCCGAAUACAUGAAGCUAUGGUAACAUCUCUAAAUGAGGAUAAUGAAAGUGUUACUGUUGAAUGGAUUGAAAAUGGUGACACUAAAGGAAAAGAGAUUGACUUGGAGAGUAUAUUUUCACUUAACCCAGACCUUGCUCCUGAAGAUGAUGAUCCCAGUCCAGAGACACCACCCCCUCCAACACCUUCUGCUAAAGUAAACAAAAUUGUGAAGAAUCGGAGGACUGUGGCUCCUUCUAAAGUCGAAGCUCCUGCUAGAGACAACAGAGUGGUUGGUUCUGCGCGUGCACGGCCUACUCAGCUUCCUGAACAGUCUUCCUCUACACAACAGAAUGGUAGUGUUUCAGAUAUAUCUCCAGUUCAAGCUGCAAAAAAGGAAUUUGGACCCCCUUCACGUAGAAAAUCAAAUUGUGUAAAAGAAGUUGAAAAAUUGCAAGAAAAACGUGAGAAACGAAGAUUACAACAGCAGGAACUGAGAGAAAAGCGAGCUCAGGAAGUUGAUGCUACAAAUCCAAAUUAUGAAAUUAUGUGUAUGAUCAGAGAUUUCAGGGGAAGUCUGGAUUAUAGACCACUGACAACAGCAGAUCCUAUUGAUGAGCACAGGAUAUGUGUAUGUGUUCGAAAACGGCCACUCAAUAAAAAAGAAAAUGUAAUGAAAGAUCUUGAUGUAAUAACAAUCCCUAGCAAAGAUGUUGUGAUGGUACAUGAGCCCAAACAAAAGGUGGAUUUAACAAGGUACUUAGAAAACCAAACUUUCCGCUUUGACUAUGCCUUCGAUGACAGCACUCCUAAUGAAAUGGUCUACAGGUUUACCGCAAGGCCACUAGUGGAAACCAUAUUUGAAAGAGGAAUGGCUACAUGUUUUGCAUAUGGACAAACCGGCAGUGGGAAAACUCAUACUAUGGGUGGUGACUUUUCAGGAAAGAAUCAAGACUGUUCAAAAGGAAUUUAUGCACUAGCAGCUAGAGAUGUCUUUUUAAUGUUGAAGAAACCAAACUAUAAGAAACUAGAACUUCAAGUAUAUGCAACAUUUUUUGAAAUUUAUAGUGGAAAGGUUUUCGACUUACUGAACAGAAAGACCAAAUUAAGAGUUUUAGAAGAUGGUAAACAGCAAGUCCAGGUGGUGGGAUUACAAGAGCGAGAGGUUAAAUGUGUUGAAGAUGUACUAAAACUUAUUGAAAUAGGCAACAGUUGCAGAACAUCUGGUCAGACAUCUGCAAAUGCACACUCAUCUCGGAGCCAUGCAGUGUUUCAGAUCAUCCUCAGGAGAAAAGGGAAACUGCAUGGUAAAUUUUCAUUGAUUGACUUGGCUGGAAAUGAAAGAGGAGCUGACACUUCCAGUGCAGAUAGACAAACACGACUGGAAGGUGCUGAAAUUAACAAGAGCCUUUUAGCACUCAAGGAGUGCAUCAGAGCCUUAGGCCGAAAUAAACCUCACACUCCAUUCAGAGCGAGUAAACUUACUCAGGUCCUAAGAGAUUCAUUCAUAGGAGAAAACUCUCGCACCUGUAUGAUUGCUACUAUUUCUCCAGGGAUGGCAUCUUGUGAAAACACUCUAAACACGCUACGAUACGCAAACAGAGUAAAGGAAUUUGGAAUUAGUCCUUCGGACAUUCCCUUCUCACAGGGUAGUGGCAGUCGCUCUGAUCUCUCUCCUUCCUAUGAGUAUGACGACUUUUCUCCUUCAAUCACCAGAGUAAAAGAACUGACAGUUGAUCCUAGCGCUGCCGGUGAUAUCCGUCCAAUCAUGCAUCAUACUCCAAAUCAGAUUGAUGACUUGGAGGCACAGUGGGGUGUUGGGAGCUCACCUCAGAGAGAUGACCUUAAACUGCUCUGUGAACAAAAUGAGGAGGAAGUUUCACCACAGUUGUUCACUUUCCACGAAGCUGUGUCACAGAUGGUAGAAAUGGAAGAGCAAGUAGUAGAAGACCACAGAGCUGUUUUUCAGGAAUCUAUUAGGUGGCUAGAAGAUGAAAAAGCUCUCCUGGAAAUGACAGAAGAAGUAGACUAUGAUGUGGAUUCAUACGCUACACAACUUGAAGCAAUCCUAGAACAAAAAAUUUACAUUUUGACUGAACUUCGAGAUAAAGUGAAAUCCUUCCGCACAGCACUACAAGAGGAGGAACAGGCCAGUAAACAAAUCAAUCCGAAGAGACCACGUGCCCUUUGAGGCAAACUUCUGCUGCUAAAGAAUGCCUGAGCCUUCAUUGCUGUACGAUGCAGUUGGUUGGAAAUGAAGCUGUAAGAAGUCAACUACUUGAAAGAUCUAAAACUUUUGAAGUGUCUGUGGAAAUGUCAUGUCCCUUCUUCCCCUGGCCAACAUUUCAGUUGGCCAACAUUUCACACUCCUAAGAUGUCUGCAAAAUGCUUCUAGACCAGAUAGCACAACCAGGCAGGUUUUGGAGCUGGGAAGCACUUUUGUUUCAAAUGUUUUAACUUACUCAAAUUGUGAAUCUUUUAUGUUUUGGAAAUAUUUGCCAAUUUUUUUAAAAUAAUGAAGUAAAAUGGUGGACUGGUAAAAACUUCACAGUAUUUUGUUUCCCUUAUGUCAAGUUUUGUUGCAAAGAACAGCUGUGCAGUUUUGUAUUUGCAUGCAUGCCCACCUCAUAAGUGAUUGUAUAUACCUCCUCUUCUAGACAGCUGUGCUCACCUCUUCCUGAUCUGUGCCUUGACCAAGGCGACUUGACCCUAAACGUCCUCUCUAAAGCACAGCCUUAAUAAAUGACAUUCCUUAUUUGUCAAUGUAAAUUACUUUUAUUGUGUGUACAUUUUAAUGUGUGUUGGGUUUUGUGUGUGGUUUUUUGGUUUUUUUCAUGACUAGUUCUUCAUUUCACAUUAUGUGCCAUAUCAUUGACCUGGAAUUAAAACAAUCUGUCAGUGUGGAUUGACAGGCGUUCCACUUUCCCCUGUAAAAAUUUGGAAUCAUGAUUUAUUUCAAUACCAUAAAGAGUCUAACAUCUUCUUUGUAAAGAACAAAACUAUAAAUUAGUUGGAUGUAUAAUAAAAGGUAAUUGAUUAUGAAGGAGAGUUGUAUCUUAGGAUAAUACAGAUAUACAGUAUGUGUGCUAGUGUGAUGUCAGAAUAAAGGUGCAAUCUGAACUCUACUUAUGGGGUAAGAGGUAUCCAAGAAAUAGGAUACCAAAAUAACCCUUUCUCGUACUACUAAAAUUGGCUUCUGAUGCAUGACAGUUUACAUGUGCAUUAACUGUAGUUUGCAGGUAGUUAGUACUAUUGCUUUAAAAGAAAGUAGCUAAUGCAUAUUUUCCAUUUGUACAGUGCCAUCAGCUGAAAAGUGGGGUGGAUUUGUACCAUUUGAGGAUUUGCACAAUAAACUCCACAAAACUUGUCUGAUGUUGAAGAAAUUCCACAAUGAUGCCUGAAACCUUCACAAAUGGCACUGUGUAUCCAGCACUUUUUAAGAUGGUGGCACUUCAAUUAUUUUUGCAAAUUGAUAUCCAAAAGAAUUUUACCCUUUUAUGUGUUUUUUUUUCUUUUUUUUUGUCAGAAGAAUUUUAGACCUCUCUAGGAGUUCUCCCUGUUCCCAAAAUACAUUCCAGGUGCUCAUAUCAACAGGAGACAUUUCUUGGAACUGUUUUCACAUUUUGUUUCUGGAACAUAAGCCCAUCUGUGCUGUGGCUGAGGGAAAUAAAGGGAAAACUAUGAGAAGAGAGCUUAAAUGAGCCAGAGUUUCUCAGUAUUCAAUACAAUUCCCAUAGGAAGGGUAGGCUGUAUGUCCCUUGCCAUAUCAUGGUGACAAAGCGCCUAUCUGUAAACAUGAAAACUGAAACAAUGUAGAUUUUACACAAUGUGUUCAAUAAAUUUAUGAAAUAUAAAUUAGAAAUGAGAAUUUUACUUCUAUAUACCCCUCUGUA